AUGAACUCUUGUGCUUUGCUCACCUUUGCCAUCUUACUCAUCGCCCGCCCGAUCUCGGCACUCGAAUACUCCGAAGGGACUUACCGCGGAAUAACUAUUGCCAUAGACCCUCAAGUGCCGAGGGAUAACUGCCAAGCUGUCCUCAACAACUUAGAGACGGACAAGAGGAAUAGGGACGAUACGGUUCCCAUAACAGGUCGUGCAGCUCGGAGGCCACCUAUUAGAUCUUCGGACAGAAGGUUCUCAGGGCGUUCAAGUCUCCCCCGGGCGACCACGAUACACUGGAGGCAGUUCGUUUCCUAG